AUGGCUCGAGAGGAGCUGGUAUCGUCAGCGGUUACUUUCCUCCAGGAUCCAUCCGUCUCGUCCGCGCCCCUGGAAAAGAAGGUUGCCUUUCUGCAAUCAAAAAAUUUGACACAGGAAGAGAUCGAUAUAGCAUUAGCUAGGAGCGGAUCUUCUAGUCCAUCUACACAGACUUCAGAGCAACAAGGCCGGGCAGCUGUCCAACAACCAUCAACAUCAUAUCGGGCCCCUGCCAACCAGAGCUAUGGAUAUGGACAGCAAUGGGGAUAUGCAACUCCACCUGAACUCCCAAAGCGUGAUUGGAGAGAUUGGUUCAUUAUGGCAACGGUAAUGGGCGGAGUUGGUUAUGGUCUCUAUUUUGUUGCAAAGCGUUAUAUUUCACCUUUAAUCGCACCUCCUACGUCUCCACAACUUCAGCAGGACAAGGAAAGCGUAGAUGAGCAGUUUUCCCGAGCGUUUUCCCUCCUGGAUCAGCUCUCUGCCGAUACUGCCACCCUCAAAGCUGCUGAAGAAGCACGAACAACUCGACUUGAUACCGCUCUGCGUGAAGUUGAGGAAGUUGUCCUAGAACUCAAAUCCUCCUCACGAAGGCGUGAUGACGAUACCAGGCGCAUUAGUGAAGAAGUACGAGGUUUGAAAGAUGGCAUUCCAAAGGCGAUCGAAGGAGCUCGUGAAGGGAACGAGAAGCGACUUAGGGAACUCAACUCAGAGCUAAGGAGUCUGAAGGUUCUCCUGACCAAUCGACUUGGCUCUGGUGCUUCGACCACUGCACCCAAUGCUACUACCUCCACUACCGCUAAUGGAACCGCCUCUGGGUCCCAGCAAACUGCUUCUCCUGCGGCGCCAAGCCCUGCGGCUGCUUCUCUACCCGCGUCAACUCCAGCUCCACGAGAACGAUCCGGCAGUCCAUUUUCCCAGCUUGGGAAACCCGCAAGCAUUCCGGCAUGGCAGAUGGCUGCUGCCAACAAAGCAAAGAACGCGGCGGCCUCUCCGUCUGUCGAAGAUGCUGGCGAAGAAACCGAAAAGGCCGAGGACCACCAGCAGCCCGCAUCUUCUGCUAGUUAA